AUGCAGAAAUUAUUCGCUAUUUUUCACGGAUACAUCCUGGUCUUGGGCCUGACCUCCUAUAGACUUGUAAACGGCAGGUUCCUACAGACUAGGCUAACGAAGACUUAUGCUUGGAUUGUAAACCUUGGCCUUUUGACAGCGCUACCCUAUUGCCUCUGGGGAGUAGCCAACUACCUUUCGGCAUUACCCCUACUUCCGCGCUUCAUAAAAAUAGCCCCAUAUGUCUUGAAUUCGAUCAACUAUGUCGUAAUCGUGUACACAAUGGCCUUGCGUGGCCAGCGGGAUAGGAUUAUCUUGGACAUGCACAAGUUAAUCACUCAGGUGAAUCGUGAGAUGGCUAGAUCGGGAAAGAAAACGAGCUCAAAACUUUGGGGACUGCUCUACUCGAAGAUUGCUGGAGUUGUGUACACUGCGCUGAGUCAUUUGAUGUCAAGUUUCAUCUACGGAAUGCCUCUGGAAUUUUGUUUCAAGCCGCGCAUUUCAUCGUUAAUAGUGAACAUCGGUUCGAACUUGAUAGUGGCCAACGUAUUCCUAUACUUUCUAGCAUUCUGGCACAUUGCCCGAGGCUAUGAUUUCAUCAAUCAGCGCAUAAAGGAGCUCAUUCCUCACUCAGAGUCUAAGAAGAAGGAACUUUCACGUCUGUGGGCAUUGCACUUCAAGCUUAGCCGAGCAGCCAAACGGAUACAUGAUUUCUUUGGCCCUCAGCUGCUGGCUGGUCGAUUCAACUACUUUAUCGUUUCCGUAGUUAAUAGUUUCUUGGGCAUUCUUUUCUGGAAAGACGGCACUACUCCCAGUAUUUUUCUGUACCUCUGGGUCAUCUUCUUUGCAAUGCGUACAUUUGGCUCCUUUCUGAUCGACUAUAUAGUGGGCCUAGCGACUGAAUAUCAGAGUAAACGUAGAGACUUGGUCACCGAAGAGGACACUAUGUCCAAGGAGACAAGUGCCUAUAUCAUAUACGAAAGCACCAUGAAGCUUGACUUGAAGAUUUGUGGACUCUUUACGGUCAAUCAAGUGACUUGGCUCCAGAUGAUGGAAUUAAUACUUAGCUUCUUUAUCGUCUUGCUGCAGUUUCAUCUGGUUUUGGGCACUAAAUAG